GGAUCUCGGCGUGGGCGGCAGCAUGACCGAGAAGGAGAGCGGCCGCCUCGCCUCCCAGAUCCGGAGGCUCUACGGGGCGAACCGGCGAGCCGCUCGGCCCUUCUGGCUGUGCCUGACGGAGUUCGCGGCCGGGACGCCGAUCUACGAGCAGUGCUUCCGCAUGAACGACGGCUUCGCUGGAUACCUGAUGGAUACAACUCCAGAGAGUUACCUGGACCUGUUUCCUUUGGAGGCCAUUGUUUAUCUCACUCCUGACUCUGAGAAUGUCCUUGAAGACAUCGAUCCGGACAAAGUGUACGUGCUGGGAGGGCUGGUGGAUGAGAGCAUUCACAAGGAGCUGACCCUGCGGAGGGCACGGGAGCAGUGCCUGCAGACAGCCCGGCUCCCCAUCCGCGAGUACAUGGUGAAAGCCCCCAAUUCCAGGAACUACCACUCCGAGACGCUGGCCAUCAACCAGGUCUUCGAUGUCCUGUCCACCUACUAUGAGACACGGAGCUGGCCAGCAGCUCUGCGGGCUGGAGUUUCUUCUGGGAAAGGCUACGUGCUACCGGAUACAGCGGAACAGGUGGAAACACCCCAGUGCGCCACUGCUGCCCAAGAAAACUCUUUAUUUUGUGCUGAGGAGCUGCAUAGGCAGGAAGCACCAGCGUGACUGUGCCCAGGAGACAGCUGUUUCCAGCAGUGUGAGGGCCUUGUUGGAGCAACACCUUCUACCUCAGGAAUGCAGUACUAGACAUUCCCUGUGCCCCUGAGCAGGAAAGAAAAGCUGGUGGAGCCUGGAAUCAAGUGAAAACUGACAGGAAUUCAGUUUUGCUUCUUUGCAGCUGUUUGUGACUCCUGCACCUACAUAUGUGCUGGGAUGGGGAGGAGAGCUUUAAGGUGUUUUCCUCAUUUUAUUGAAACAGAGAGUAAGGUGAAGUUAGGAUUGCAAAGCAUAUGGGCAAGGAAAACCCCCUACCAUGGGACAGGACAGUGCUGUUCCUGCAGGAGAAUGCGGGAUGGGGAGCUGCUCCCAAGGACACUCUGUCCCAACAGCUUAAAUGCAGUGAAGACUAGGUGAGUUGUCGAAGCCUUUGGCUAGUUGUACACAUCUAAUAUAAAAUGUAAGGUUUAGAUCCCCA